GAAACAGCAAAGAGAAAAAUAUAUAAUACAAUUAGCUGUCUUCUUCACCUGAUCAGUUUUUUCAUAUCUAUAUUUCUGUGUAAAAAUUUCUAUAACAAUGUCUAAAAUCAACUGUUAGACAAAAAAAUAAAUAAAUAUAAAAUCUCUGUAGCUGCACAAAUAUACAUUUUUCACUGAUAUUGGAAAAGCAAAAACUCAUCAUUCAUUCAGCAGAAAUUAUUGAUUUUGAUGAGUUGUUGUAAGCUGUGGGUCAACUUUGAAAAACCCCAUUUCAAGUUUUUUUGAUUCAUCUCUUUCAGGUGGAGGAGGGAGAUUAGUUCUAUAAUCUGAGUUGCUUUUUGGGUUUUGGUUGUGGAGAUUUGGAGGGGCUUGAGGUGUCACUGUUAGUAUCGAUAAAUCAGCUACAGGUCACUGAAAACUCAACUCUUGUGUCAAUUCAACGAUUUGACAUGAUUUCCUUGUGGGUUCUCAGAAUCUAGUAAAGAGAAAUUGUCUAGCAUGUUGAUUUGAGUUGAAAGUUGAAAAGGCAAAUAGGAAAGGAAGACGUUGUUGUGUUCUGAUGAUGAGUCGAGAGAUGAAGAAAGGGAAACAGGAUAUGAGUUCUGAUGUCGCGGAGAAAGUUAUGGUGGCUGUUAAGGCAUCGAAGGAAAUACCAAAAACAGCUCUUGUAUGGUCUUUGACUCAUGUUGUUCAGCCUGGAGAUUGCAUUACACUACUUGUGGUUGUACCUUCACAAAGUUCCGGUAGGAAGCUGUGGGGUUUCCCUCGGUUUGCUGGAGAUUGUGCCAGUGGCCACUGGAAGUUGCACUCUGGAAAUAGUUCGGAGCACAAGUCCGACAUAACAGAUUAUUGCUCCCAGAUGAUCCUUCAGCUUCAUGAUGUUUAUGAUCCCAACAAGAUAAAUGUCAAGAUUAAAAUUGUUUCUGGUACACCGCAUGGAGCUGUGGCUGCUGAGGCGAAGAAGUCUCAGGCGAAUUGGGUUGUUUUGGACAAGCAUCUCAAACAUGAGAAGAAACGCUGCAUGGAAGAGUUGCAGUGCAAUAUUGUAGUCAUGAAGCGAUCUCAACCAAAAGUUCUCCGAUUAAAUUUAGUAGGCUCACCUAAAAAGGAACCUGAUGUCACGGGCACAUUAUCUUCAGAGCCUACUCAAAUUUGUGGAAAAGAAUCAAAUAAAAAGGAUUCAUUGGAUUCUUCUCGAGGUCCACUAGUAACCCCAUCAAGUAGUCCAGAGAUGUUCAGUACGACUGAAGCUGGUACUUCAUCAGUUUCAAGCUCUGAUCCUGGAACUUCACCAUUUUUUGUCUCUGAAGUAAAUAGGGAUCUGAAGAAAGCAAAUUUAUCAUCUGCUCAGGAAGAUGUAGAUGAAUCAAGUUCAGAGAGUGAGAGUGAGAAUUUAUCCGCAUCAUCAAGUUUAAGGUUUCAACCAUGGAUUGCGGACAUAAUCAAUUCACAUUCUGAACUCUCACAAAUCAAAGGAAAGAGCUCAUUGAGAACUCAUGACAGGCCACAAGAUUCCACGAAUAAGACAUUGCUGCGGAAGUUCAGUAAGCUUGAUGAAGAAAGUGAUUUUGGAUCACCGAGUUAUAGAGCUGAUUUGGAUUACAGUGGGAAUGUGAGAGAAGCAGUUGCGUUGUCUAGAAGUGCACCUCUUGGCCCUCCUCCCUUGUGCUCGAUUUGUCAACACAAGGCACCUGUAUUUGGGAAACCACCCAGGUGGUUUACUUAUGCUGAGCUGGAGCUUGCAACAGGAGGAUUUUCGCAAGCAAAUUUUUUGGCUGAGGGAGGAUAUGGAUCUGUUCAUAGAGGAGUCCUUCCAGAUGGUCAAGUUGUUGCUGUGAAGCAACACAAAUUGGCAAGUUCUCAAGGGGAUCAAGAAUUUUGCUCAGAAGUUGAAGUUCUCAGCUGCGCACAGCACCGAAAUGUUGUAAUGCUGAUAGGAUUCUGUAUUGAGGACAGCAGAAGACUGCUAGUAUAUGAAUAUAUAUGCAACGGAUCAUUAGAUUCUCAUCUAUAUGGUCGUACAAGAGAUCCUUUGGAGUGGUCUGCACGUCAAAAAAUUGCUGUGGGUGCUGCACGAGGUUUGCGUUAUCUUCAUGAAGAAUGCAGAGUGGGCUGCAUUGUCCACAGAGAUAUGAGACCCAACAACAUUCUCAUCACCCACGACUUCGAACCACUAGUUGGAGACUUUGGUUUGGCUAGGUGGCAACCUGAUGGUGACACAGGCGUUGAGACAAGAGUAAUUGGAACAUUUGGGUAUUUGGCGCCUGAAUAUGCUCAAAGUGGCCAGAUUACGGAAAAAGCUGAUGUUUACUCAUUUGGAGUGGUACUGGUGGAGCUUGUUACCGGACGUAAGGCAGUGGAUCUUACUAGGCCUAAGGGCCAGCAGUGUCUCACAGAAUGGGCGCGUCCAUUGUUGCAAGAAUGUGCUGUUGACGAGCUAAUAGAUCCCCGGCUAGAGAAGUGCUACUCUGAACAUGAAAUAUACUGCAUGUUGCAUGCUGCAUCUUUGUGCAUACGGCGCGAUCCUCAGGCCAGGCCUCGCAUGUCUCAAGUACUUCGAAUACUUGAAGGCGACCUUAUCAUGGAAUCUGGAAAAUUGUCAACAACGCCUGGAUAUGAUGUUGGAAACCAUAGUGGAAGGAUCUGGUCAGAUGCCCAGCAACAGUGUCAAAGGUUCAGUGGCUCCUUAUUAAGCGAUGGAUCGGAGGAAUUCAGUGCCAAGCUCUCAUUUGACAAAAGGAACCCCUCAAAUGUUUGGGAUAGGGAUCAAUCCAGGUCAACAUAUUAGGGGACCAUCUGUAGAUAACUUGAUCUUGCUUGACACAUUAAGAUACAUUUUUCUGCUAUAUCAGGUCUACUUAGCCAGGCAGUUUUGUCGAAAGCCAUGUGUUCCUUUUAUUAUAUCCUUGUAUAGAAGGUAGUCGUAAUAUAGUACAUGUUAUCCUAUUUGAUGUCCCGUCUACUUGUUCUUGUAUUUUAUAAUUAAAUGAGAACUGUCAAGUCAUCCUACUCAAUCUUAAACUUAUAGCUCAAA